CUGUUUGUCUUGGGUUUCAGGUAUGGGUGUGCUUCAGUUCAGAGGGCAUUCUCCUCUGGUUAUUGAAGACGGCGGGCUUGUUCCUCUUGCCCGUACAGUGACAACGCGUCUGUCGGGUUGUGUGAAGUGAGGCGCACUAGCUGCCUGCAGGCCACUUGUGCACCACUCUGUAAACGUGUUGUUUUUGUCACCGCAGGCUAAAGCUACACUGAUGUAGAUGAUGGUGCAGUUGUGAAACUGCGCUAACGUCUCCUCCACACUCUGACUCACAGACGCGGCCAAUGAGUAAUCGCGAUUCAGUUAUUGCCUAAACUUGUCCUGUUUGAGUCAAAGUCCAUGCAGAUGCUAUGAUCGAUGUUAUUAACAGUUACGUCAGACGUGCAAGUGAAGUAGGUCAAGAGUAGGCUACAAAAAAAUCCCUUUCCUUAUCUGUAUUGUAUUUGGUUCAAUAGUUUCCAUUCCUUAAACAAAAAAUAUUUUGAAUUCAGUUUUUUUGUUGUUGCUUGAAACAAGAAAAAUAGUUGUUUAAUAUGGGAAGAAAGUUAACCUUAAUUCAUGAUAUACUCAUUCAAAUAUUUUCUAGUGCACCGUUAUCUGAUGUUUCUCAAAUACAUUUUAAACAUGAUUGCAAAUGUUUCAGAAAAACAAGAAAAUGAUUUUUCGCAGUGCAAGAAUUGACAUAGUGUGGCAUGUGUUGCUUUGAGGGCACUGAAAAGUGAAAGAGGAAGUGAUUGAGACCCAUCCUGCUCAGUGAGACAGUGAUGUUACUUUGCGGUUUUUAUCUGAAUGUUUUCUUCCACGGUUACGUAGAAAACAGCAUGGGCCGAGAUGUACCAAUUUAACGGUCACAUCUCGCACCUCCCAAUGCGAACACAAGAGCGAGUGUUUAACAUGCCUUUGGCGGGAUAGACUUGAGAAUUGAGAACAACAUGAGCUUGAUAAAUAAUUUAUGCUAGUUAGCUGUUUGUAGAUGUUUCUUUCUUGAAAACCACAGGGACGGAGACUGUUUACUUCUUUUUGUCCAGACCUGUGCCAGACUCUGGGCGAAAUAAUUCCUUGUUGCCUACGUAAAUGCGAUUUACUUUAGUUGGGUUUGCAAAAGUACGUAUCUGUUAUUUUAUUGUUCAUAAUUAAGGUUAAGGAUUUAAACACACUUUUACGCACUUUUAACACACGCAUUUUUGAUGCCUCAAUUGACAACUCAAAUCUCAUAUUUAUGCUGUACUGAUCCUGAUUGAUAUUUUAAAUCUUUCAGCUGGUUGAAGACAAUUUUUGCUUGGACAAUUAUAAAGUAUAGCAUUUCUAUAUUGAAAGAGGUACCCAAGGCAUAUCCAGCAGCCAUGUGACAAACAAAAAGUUUUAAAAGCACUGUAAGCUACAUCCAUUGACUCCACAUAAGGGUUAAAAAAGUUUAGUUGAGAUGGAGAUCAGGUUGUGCACAUCUGUCAGGCUUAGUUAAUGCUGGAUGAGGGGAGUGAGGCUUUACCGUAGUAAAGGUAUUGUUCUUUUGUUGUCAAGCAGGUGCUGUUUGCAUCACGUUCAGGUCCACAGGGGUUUGAGAUUGUUUUGCCUCAUCCCAGUGCACUGAAUUUUCACGUGACUGCACUGUUUUGUCGAGCCAUUACUGAAAAAUAACACGCCGGAGGAAAGCGAGAUCUGAGAUUAUUGAUGCUGGUGCUUGUUAAAGCAGGGUAAAUGAAUACCUUUCUGUAUACUUCGAUUGUAAGGUCUUUGAAUCUGAUAUCGUGGAGCAAUUUCCUCUGUAUUGUAGCUCAUUUCUAACACAAAGAAACUAUAUUUUUCCAAUGUUUUUAAACCUAACAAAUAGGACUUGACUGAAGGAUUGCAGCUUUAAGAAAUAAUAUUUUAUAUUGGUGUGGUAACAAUACAUUUUUAUAUUGGAGAUGAUUUUAUGAAAAGCAAUUUAAGGUGCAGGAGUGUUAUCGGGUAUUGCACCCCCAUGACCCUGCUUGAGCUACAGAAAGGCCAAAAUGGUAAAUAAAAUAAAAUCGAAGUAUUAACGUCUACUAUGUGCGCCAAAGCAGUCUGUCUACUAUGCAAGUUAUUAUUGCAAUUAAGCACUGUUUCCAUUGCCAUCAUAACUUAUUGAAGUCUAAAGAGAUGAGUCUUUAAACCAUGCAGUUGUUGUAUUGGUGAUGGUGGCACGUCUAAAAAUAAGCCUCCGACACUUGACUGUGUUUCCACUUUGCGCUGUCAUGGCCGAACUGUAACUGUGACACGGAGCCAGAAAUAGGCUGAAGUAGACUGGGAAGAGUCCAGCCCAAUGAGGAAAAAAAACCACAGUUUGAGUCAUGAAAUCCACUGCGAAAGAGGAAAAACUAAAGCUUUAAAAUCAUGCAUCUGGUUCAGAUAAUAGUUCAUUUCCUCAUUUGCAAGGUUUUAUACAUUUUUAUGUGGUGUAUGUGUUAUCAAAUUACAGUAAUUGACAAUGUAUGUCAAAUCGGACAUUUAGGGAAAAAAUAAUAAGUGGGGACAUUUGAUGUGUGUUAUUCCAAAAAUGUCUUUAACACUACAUUCCUAAAUAUCAGUGAUUUAUGUGAGGUGCAUGGUUUUACUAAAGCGGUUGAAUUUAAAAGGUAAAUAUAAAAGCAGAAUGCCUGUUAAAAGAAGUGCCUGUUAUAAAUGCUAAUGCAGUGCAUCUGUGAAGUUUGGCUCAGGUUUUGGUGCUAAACUGCAAAAACUCCUUCAGAACAUCAGUUUUAUUCUUCCUUGCACAGUACAUUCAAAUGUAGCAUCAUGAAAGCCCAUUUUACAAUACGUUUGUGUUUAUUAUGCAGGAAAUGCGGAAGUUCAGUACUUAUAGUGUAAUGCUUCAUCAGCAUUUCUACAUUAAGCCGCAUAGAUACGCAAGUUCACUGGAAGUUUGUUUGUACGUUUUAAGGCUAUAAAAGGGCACAAGGGUCCGUUGUGAAACAGAUAACUGUCUCUACUGUAUUUUUUUGUCAUGUGCAAAGGGCUGGUGAUGUAUAGCUACAUUCUGCAAUGAAGACCGUGAGCAGUGCAGAGGUUCAAUGAAAGCCGAUAGUUCAUUAUGAACAUCUUUCUGGCCUACAUAUUCCCAAAGACAAAUCUUAGGUUUACUAAUGAGGACCACCUGGCUGUUCACAAACACAAACAUGAAAUGACGCUCAAAUUCGGACCCCCCAGGACCGACUCCGUCAUCAUCGCAGACCAGACGCCGACUCCCACCCGUUUCCUGAAAAACUGUGAAGAGGUUGGCCUGUUCAAUGAGCUGGCCAGCUCGUUCGAGCAGGAGUUCCCCAAGGCCCACGAAGACGAAGACAAGAGGGCCAAGAACCCGUUGCCUGCUCCUCAUUCAGGAGCGCUGGACAUGAGCUUGCAGACGCCCUCGGAUGUUAAAGUGAAAGAGGAGGACCCUGUGGAGGUGGACUCCUCUCCGCCUACCAGCCCUGACUCAAUCUCAAGCAUGUCAGAUAGCAGCAGAGAGCCCAUGGGAAGAGGAAAGGGUUCACCCCCGAAACCUGUCUUCAGCUCAGCUCCCACCCCUGCCAUUGUGCGUCCAGGUUCCCUCCCCCUGCACCUGGGCUACGACGGCCUGCAUCCCACCAUGCCCUCCCCUACCUCCGUAAUCACACAUACCCCACCAUCCAACCGCACGCUGGGGUCUCCCACUGGGCUGUACCCAAUGAUGAUGCUUCCUAAUGGUCAGACUGUUCCUGUUCUUCCAGGACCUAUGCAGAUGCCUUCUGUAAUAUCUCUGGCAAGGCCUCUUUGUAUGGUGCCCAACAUUCCAGGAAUCCCCGGCCCACCACUAGGGGGAAGCAGCAGUGGAUCGUCUUCACCAUCUGGAUAUAACCCUCACAACGAGGCCAAGAUGAGGCUGAAGGCAGCAUUAUCUCAGCAGAUGCCUUCAGCUCAUGGUUGUGUUGGCAUAGCGAUGGGUUCCAGUGCAAUGGCGCCUCAGAGGAUGGAGCAAAGCCAGCUGCUGGUCCAGCAUCCAGAUGCCCCAUCCCCAGCCCAGCCACAGGUGUCGCCCGCUCAGCCCACCGGUGGCCGCAGACGGAGGACGGCGGAUGACGACCCCGAUGAGAGGAGGCAGCGCUUCCUCGAGCGGAACCGGGCGGCAGCUUCCCGUUGCAGACAGAAGCGUAAAGUGUGGGUCAACUCUCUAGAGAAGAAAGCUGAGGAGCUGACUUCCUUCAAUGUCUCACUGUCGAACGAGGUGUCUCAUUUAAGAAACGAAGUUGCUCAUCUCAAGCAGCUGCUUUUAGCCCAUAAAGACUGCCCUGUCACCACCCUGCAGAAGAAAGCCGCCUACUUGGGAGAGGAGCAUAUUAAAGAAACGUCUGAGCCCACGGGCUCCCCAGCGCCGGUCAUUCAGCACAGUUCUUUGGCUCCCAGCCCCAACGGCUUGAGUUCCCGCGCGGCAGCCGAGGCUGUGGCCAUGUCCGUGUUGACAGGGAUGGGCAACCAACGGGGGGAGAGCGGCGGGCCGUCACACGUCAUCAUGGCCACACAGUCCCACCCUUCCAGUAGAUGAUGAGGGCAUCUAACAGUCUGCCUGGGACUCUCUGCAUCCCGGGAGAGGGGCAGUUCAAAGCCUGGUUCUCUCUCAUGUCAUCUCUGGCCUGGAGCUGCAUUCUGGGAAUGAACUGGGACUAAGAGAGAGACAGAUUGUUGUUCACUUUGCCAUAGACUACGGGGGCCGGACUCCAAACCACGCUCUCUUUUGCAUCCUCUAUAACCUUAAACUCCCUUCUCGGCUUUAAUUCACUUGCGUUGUCCCUGACCUCUACUGGCUGUGAGACUGCAAAGCACUUCCUGUCAUUAAAGGUUUCCUCAUGCACAUACACACACCGCAAUAAAGACCUCACCUGGUUUGUCAUCAUUAAGUGAGAGGAUGCAACACACUGCACUGUGUACAUGAGCAUCAAUUCACAUGUAUUCAGUCAGGCAAUAUAUGUUCUUAUUGUAAUAUACUUUGUUUUUUUUGGUUUAUCGUUCUUCAGAUGACCCCCCCUCAUCUGACUCUCGUUGAAAUCGUACCUCAUUUUUAACCUGUUAUAUGCGUUUAUAAUCAAUGUGUGCAUGAUUGUGUGCUUCUCGUGUGGGUGUACAGUAAUGUAUGAUGGAAAAUAGCAGUACGAAGGACUGAUACACCAAGUCUAGCAUGCAACAUUUUGCCAUAUGUUAACUGUAUUGUAUCGGCACAUUGCAUUCAGAUUGGACUAUAGAUCCUGGUGUUUGUUUAGUCAUAUUUUUGUUUUCUUGUAACUGUACGACAGACUCAGAACCAGCAAAGAACAGACUAUAAAGGUCAAGAAUUAUAAUUGUUUCUGGAGCUUUGCUUCCAGUCUGGAGAGAACAGCAUAGUGAGUGUCAACUCCACAGCGUUGCGUCAUUUCCUCUCCUUGUGAUGACAUUUAAAUGUUUUAAGUUUGGCUCAAGUUGACAACAAAUUAUUGAGGUUCCUAAAGUAGUAUUAGACUUCAUUGCUCUGUCAUUUCAUCUUUUUUUAGAUAAAUCCUAGCCUAAAGUGAGAUAAACUCUUACAGAAAAAUGUACCCCCAUUCAGCCACUUUUUCACUAUAACCUGUUAAAGGGACAGUUCACCGAAAAAUGAAAAUUCUGUCUUUAUUUACUCACCCUCGUGUUCUCCCUAAUAUGUAUACAUUUCUUUGUUCUGAUGAACACAGAGAAAGAUAUUUGGAAGAAUGCUUUUAACCAAACAGUUCUUGGCCACCGUUGACUACCAUAGUACGAAAAAUUAACACGAUAGUCAAAAGUGCCCCAGAACUCUUUGCUUACGUUCUUCAAAAUGUAUUCUUUUUUUAAAGACAUUUAUUAAGAUUUUUUUUCUACUAUGGUUGUCAAUAGUGGCCAAGAACGGUUUGGUUACAAGCAUUCUUCCAAAUACCUUUAUGUUCAUCAGAACAAAGAUCAUUUAUACAGAUUUGAAACAACUCGAGGGUGAGUAAAUUAAAGACAGAAUUUUCCAUUUUCAGUGAACUGUUCCUUUAAAGUUUAUAUUGAGUAACUCUGUAACACUAUUUAUUUCUUUGAUCAUUUAUCCACACAUCCAUAAAAUGUUUAGCUCAGAUGAAGACUGCCUUAUGAAUCCCAUCAGUGCCUCAAAUGCUCUUUCUAGAUGAAUCUCACUGUGUAUUAAAUGCCUGUGUUAUUGACUCAACUUGUUAUCUGCCAUUCAGGCGUCUAUGAGGAAAUAUAUAGUUUUAUAUUUGUAUCAUCAGGUCUGGCGUUAAUAAUAAUGCCUUUGAAAACGGCAGAGACACUGCCCUUAAUUAUUCUAAGCAUUUUCUAUACUGCCACCUAGAUGUAAUAAGGUGUAAUUGGAUUGGAGAAAGGCUACAGGGAACAAAGAGGAUCCACUGUUGUUUGAAUGGCUUUACCUGUACCAAGAUGUUUGUCCGAACACAUGGUCUUUUCACGCAAGCAGACACUUUUAAAUGUAAGGCAGCAUAUAAACAAGGGACUAAGAUGUACUGUCGUCGCUCAAUGUAUGUUGACUUGAAUUGUCUUGUUUCAUUUAUUUUAUUUGCAGUGUGUAAUACUGCAUUAACAUGUCUGUCCAAAAUGUAUAAAGGCCUGUCAAAUGCACUAAAAUGUUUUGGAUUUAAAUUUUUCUGUAGGAUCUCAGCGAUUUUCUGGUUCUCUUUCAAGCGUCAUACGUCUGUCCAUUUAGUCUGUAAACAUAUCAAAGACUCCAUAGAUACCACUUGACUGAUCAUUUAUAAAAGACUCCUAGUUUCAGUGUUAACCCUGGCUUUCAUGUUUUAUGUUAUGUGCUGGCACUGUAGUUUGUCAGAAGAACCAUAUACAGGAUUGAUGUUCUGAAAUGAGCGCAAAAGAGAAUUUUUAGCUUUCACUGGCACUUUGUCUAGAUUUUUUCUUUGUUGUAUGCUGCCAGUACUAUAGAAAAGCCUCUUGUAAUAAAUCUUUACCUUUUUGUGUUGUAAUACAGAAAAGUAGAAAUUCUUUUGUAGACAUUUCUUUUUCAUUCUUUAUGUUGUUGUUUAACAUUUGUACCUAAAUAAUUGGAUUACUUUUAUUUUCCAAGAAUAAGAAUAAACCCCCAUUUUUAAGAAUAAAAGAAUAAACCCCCAUCAAGUUGAUAAUAUAAAAGUUGUACUAGUAAAUCUGUUUUCAUGGUCUUAAAGGGUUAGCAUACCCAAAAUAAAAAUGGUAAUUUAUUCACCCCCAUGUUGUUCUAAACCUGUAUUGCUGACUAGAACAGAAAAGAAGUUAUUUUAAGAAAUGUCUCAGUGGUUUUGUGUCCAUACAAUGAAAGUCAAUGAGGGCCAAUGUUGUUCGUUAACCAACAUUCUUCAAAAUAUCUUGUGUUUUGCAGAAGAAAAGCAUACAGGUUUGGAAUGGCAUGAUGGUGAAUGUUAAAAGACUUUAAAAGUUUGGUUGAACCAUCCCUUUAUCGAUCCACAACAUCAUUUAUUCUUUCAUGCAAGUCAAAUUGCACAGAUUCCUUGUGGGCUAAAGAAAAACAUUCAUGUGGAAAGUUGUUAUAUGUGUUUGUAUUUUAUCAGAAAUAACCUCACUCCACAUUGGACUGGUAGAUUUUGGAUUGUCCUUCUAAUGUACAUAUGUGUAUCAUAUAUAUUUACUAUUUUUCAUGCAUGUUGAAGUGGAAUACUCUGAACGCAGUGAUGCAAGUUUGAUUAAAGAAAGAAAA